AUGGAAUACAACUCCAGUGAAUCCGAAGUCUUCCACCAUCUUGAUAAAAGAAGCAUUGAACGUCGUCGACCGGUCGAAAAGGAUCUUGGAUGUAUGGACGAUGCUGUUAUCUUGGACUCGUUGUUAGUUGGAUAUGACAAACACAAGAUUCCUGGAGGAGGAAAAGUCAAAGUGGAUGUUGAAGUAAGAUGAUACGUGUUAUACAUAACUUAAGUUUUUGCUUUGUUACCUAAAAUUAUGAACAAAAAAUGUUGACAAACAAGAAAACGUGACAAAAUUAUGUCACUAGUAAAAAAAUAAUAUAAAAUAACUUGAUUUUUAGUGAAAAAAUAAAACGAUUAACUUAUUGUUAAACAAAAACAGUUUUAUAACUAUAUUAUUGUAGCUAUGGGUCCAAGAAGUGUCCAAAAUUAUCGAAAUUACAAGCGAAUUCGAAUUAGAUUUGUAUGUGACAGAAAUGUGGAUAGAUCCAUCGCUAGCCUUUGGUCACAUGAACCCAUGCAAACAGUAAGGAAUUAUAUAUUAUUAUAUAACACCUCUUUAAAGGCUUAGCAUAACCAAAGUAUAACUUAUUGGUUGACAGUUAAAACUUAAAGCAUUAUAUAUUACACAUUACAUACGUUUUCAUUCUAGCAACAUCUCAGUGGACGGUCCGAAAGUCUUGUCCCAAAUCUGGACCCCUUUAGCCUGUUUUGUCAACUCAAAAGCAGCAUCAGUCCACCAAUCUCCUUUCAAAAACAUCUUCCUACAACUAUAUUCUAAUGGAAGUGUGUGGCACAACUAUCGCAUCAAACUGACCGGACCUUGCGUAUCUACAUUAAGGACGUUUCCUAUAGAUCAACAAAGAUGUAUGUUGUAUUACGAAAGCUACAAUCAUAACUACGCUGAAGUGCAAAUGAAUUGGACGGCUACUCCAAUAUUGAUUUUGAAAGAAACAAUAUCUCUGCCUGAUUAUGUCUUGAAGGACUUUCAGGCCUCUUCCAUCAUGAGGUUGUACCCUCCGGGGAAGUGGAACGAACUCAUAGCUACCUUCACUUUCCAACGAUUAUACGGGUUUUACAUUUUACAGGUACGUAUUUCACUAAAGAUUAAGGUUAAGCUUGUACUAAUUAACUUGUACGUAUCAUAACUGUAGAUAAUUAAAUAUUAACCAUAUAUGUAACACCUCAGCUAUGACACUAUGCUAAUUAAUUACCUUUCGAGAUUAACUCUGGUUUCGUGAUGUUACUCAUUCAUUUAAUCUUUCCCGACGAUCCUCAAUAUUAUAGUAGAUAUCAAAAGACGUCAUAAGUUAACCCUUAUGAGCAGCUUUACUUUGUAAAUAUUAUAUUACUCACCUUUUUGAUCUGUUGAAGUAAACGUCACUUUCCAGGUUUACGUCCCAGCUUACAUUUCCGUGUUUAUGUCAUGGAUCUCGUUUUAUCUGGGUCCCAAGAACACGCCAUCGAGGACUACCAUUGGCGUUAACUCAGUAAGUUCUCCAAUUUUUAGGUAACAUCAAGCCAUUUAAGGUUGGCUAUAACAAUACAACUUUGAACGAUAAAAAACCGAAUAACUACAACAUAAGAUAAUAUAAAACAUUCAUUUUAACAUAAAAUUGUCUUUCAGCUUCUCUCACUUACAUAUCAGUUCGGAUCCGUUGUGAAUAAUCUUCCCAAGACCAGUGAUGUGAAGGCCAUCGAUGUUAUGAUCUUGUUCUCCAUGGCCUUCAUCUUCUUGUCCUUGAUGGAGUUGGCAGUUGUUGGCUACUUGACGAGGAAAGAAAAGGCCGAAUCAAUAGUGUAAGUAGAAUACUUUCAAUUCCAAACUAUAAUAUUUUUCCAAACAAAAUCUUGUUUUACACAUUUCAACAAUUGAUUUUAAUGAAGAAGUCAAUUUUUUCAACACGUAACAGAACAUUUUUACAUUUUUAUUAAUUUUUUGGCGAAUAUUUUUGGUUUUCGAGUAUCUUUUGUGCUAAAACACAUUAUUUUAGAUGCAAUUGUUCCUGGUUAUGUGUGAAAUGUCCUGAAUGGACGGCGACCAAGAUAGACAAGGCAUCUAUGUGUAUAUUCCCGAUAGUUUUCUUCAUCUUCAACCUUUGGUAUUGGGUAAUAUUCCUCGGGAUGGGAAAGCCCAAGGAUUAA